AUGGCGGUGGAUAAUUGGACCAUAAAUCUGGAAUGCGAUGGGAAAGCUGAAGGACAUAAACAUGUGCAAAGGGAAAUGGAUAGAGAUGAGAUAUGCUUUUUCAACUUGAUUGAUCUGAUCGAGGGUUCUGGGUACACAUCAGUCAACUAUCUAUACUACAAGAGAAAAGAUAGCUUGGUUGUAAUACAACAAGAUUCUGAUGUGAUGGAAAUGCUCAACGAGUGUGAGAGCGAAAAGACGGUUAAUUUAUUUGUGACGAGGCAGAGACUGGCCACUUUAGCGCCUACCAAGUCUAACAAAGAACCAUCCAAAUCUAAGCCAAAAAAAAAUAAAGGACAACUAUUCCAAUUUUUGGGCACCAUAGCAAGAAAUGGUGGUUACUGUCGUGUUGGUGCCAAAGAUUGGAGAGAAGUUAAGAAAAACAAUGCAGAAACCAUAAUUCAAUUCAUCCAGACAAAGUUCUUAUAUCCUCAUUCAUGUGAGAAAUGGAUAUUGAAAUCAAUUGGAAGAGAUCGGAGAAAAUACAAGGCAACAUUAAAAAAGUCACUAUUUAAUCCAAAGAAGAAAAAGUCUGUUUUGAACAAGCGUUGUCCAGAUGAUAUCGAUGAAGAUCAAUGGAAGGCCCUAGUAAAAUAUUGGAAGUCCAGCGAAGGACAAAGGCAAACUGAUCCUGAAAAAAAACAGCCACAUAGAGCAAAGGUUUACCUCACAACUCACAGGAAAAGGGGAAAAGGGAUAAAUGAACCAGUGGUGUUGGGAGAAGGGAAAGCUGGACAAGUGCACGACAUGGGAUUGCUUCCAGUUCCUAAACUAGUUUAUGGUCGAAGAACACACCAUUUUAAGGACAUUAAUAUAGUUUCACUAGAUGGCUCAUCAUCUGAUGUAGAGACUCACAUGUUGGAGGAAAUAAGGCAACUCAAAGAGCAUUCUAGAAUGCAAGACAAAGUUAUUCAAGAACUAAAAAACAAUCAAAGGCACCGUGAGAACCAAGAAGCAACAAUGGGACAUUGUGCUAGGAGUAAUUAUAACAAUUCUCAGCAUCAAGCGGUGCUUUCUAAAAGAAAGAGAGUUCACUGUGUUGCACCCAACCAGAAUGAUGGAUUCCUUGAACACAGGGAUGAAUUGAAUAAAGAAACAUGUGAGUCUGAAUAUAGUGAUGAUGACAGUCUACUUUUAUCCACCACAAGUAAAACAACAAAGAAACAAAAGGGUCAUCAUGGAGGGUCUGGAGAGACUACAACCAUUGCACACCAGGAGGUGGCUCAUGACAAGGUUACAUGCAACAAGCGUCAAGCACCUAAACAAUUUCCUGUAAUGAAGGUUGGGUCCAUGGUGCUACUAAUGACUUCAAAAUAUCCUAAUAAGGCUAAUGUGGCCAAUGCAACUCUCUUGAGCACUGAUCCAGAAGCCAUUGUUGGUGGAGUUAAGACAGGAAGUCAAUUCUACAAAGUGCGUAUCGAUCAUGCUAUAGCAAAAGAUGAGCCAUUAGUGAGGCCUAGGCUUGGGUGCAACAAUAUUGGUGAUGCUCAAUCCAAAGGAGUCUCAAUUGCUUGGCCUUCGAUGUUUGUAUGUUCAAACUAG